AUGGGACUCCUUUCAAUCGGCCGUGGCGACGAAUCAAGAUCCUACAGCUACAUCGAAAAAGAUGCGUGGCCGCAGCAGUUCCCGCUCCACUGCUCCAGACACCGCCAGUCGCCCAUCAAUAUCGUCGACUCAAAAACUGAAGUAAAAUUUUUUGGGGAUCUCGUGUACACGAACUAUGAGUUCCCUCCAGUAAACUUGACUGCCACUAACAACCAGCAAACCUUAUCCUUGACGGUCACUUCGCCUCGGGGAUUGCCACUGCUGUCGGGAGGCGGGUUGUCUGGAGUCUACGAAUUGACGAACGUGCAUUUCCACUGGGGCAGGAAUGACUCGCAGGGCUCUGAACACACCAUUGACGGCAAAAGGUUCCCCUUAGAGAUGCACCUCGUCCACAAGAAACAAGGACUAACCCCAAAUGCAUUCCUCAACGAUCAACAAGGUUUGGCUGUUCUGUCAAUCCUCUUCCAGGUUUCCCCAAACGGCAACGCGGCUCUCGGCCCGAUCUUGAACGUAUUUCCUGCAAUAAUUUCAGGAGGGAAGAGUGCGGUGGUGCCAAGAGCCAGCGCCCUGAGCGCGCUACUGCCGCUCAACAAGCAAGUGUUCUACCGCUACCGGGGCAGCCUUACUACGCCGCCCUGCAACCAAGCUGUCGUCUGGACAGUCCUCGCUCACACUGUGCCCGUCUCGACAGCACAGCUAUCACAGUUCCGAAAGCUCAGCAACCUACGUGGGACGAAUCUGAUGGAUAAUUUCCGCAACACUCAGCCUCUCAACGGACGAACUAUCUACAAGUCUUUGAAUCGAAGAUCCUCACGCCAACAACUUGAUUGAAGAAGCACAUCAAAGUUGUGCGUUGGGCAAGAAAGAAGAGUUACCCUCAGCAAGCCUCGAUUACUCCAAGUUUUGAUUUGUCCUUCUGUCACCAUUUGUCUUCUGAUGAUGAACAAAAAUCAUUAUCCUGUUUGUGGCAUGGUUAUUGCAGAUUUUAAUUUGAGAAUUCAGUGGAUAAAAUGUCAGGUAUAUACUCACAGCUAACCUAAUACUUUACAAUUCCACUGCAUAAUUUUCAUUCAUAUAUUGAACAAGUUCACAAUUUUUCUUUUUUCUGAUCGACCUGCUUGGCGUUGGUUUCUAGAAAUUAGAAAAAAAAAUUGCAAUUCCGAUUUGCUCUAAUUCUCACAAAAAGGCAGGAUUUUUGUAAGCAUUCUCAGCUGCAAA